AUGUCGCUUCUAUUACACUACCCUGAGGUUCACGUUGCUCCUCAAUUCGCACAAAACCCUAACCCUAAAUUGAGGAAAUUUCACAGCUUCAAACCCUAUGCAAAAUUGAACGCAGUUGGAACAAAGAACACGGUGAAAAUUUCUAACGAAGUAAAGGUUUUAGAUUUGGAUUUGGAUAGGAACGUGAAGCAGUACGGUCAAUUUUCGGUUCCGGUAAAGAGUGGUUCACGGUCGAGUAAAGAGGAAGAGGAAGAAAAACAGAAUUAUUAUGUGAAUAUGGGAUAUGCUAUACGAACUUUGAGGGAGGAGUUUCCUGAUCUCUUUUCUAAGGAACUUAGCUUUGACAUCUAUAGGGAUGAUAUUGUGUUGAAGGAUCCUCUGAAUACAUUUACGGGUAUUGAGAAUUACAAAUCGAUAUUCUGGAACCUGCGAUUUCAUGGCAAGAUAUUUUUCAAAGCUUUAUGGAUAGACAUAAACAGUGUGUGGCAGCCUGUUGAGAAUGUUAUUAUGGUUCGCUGGACUGUUCACGGGAUCCCACGAGUUCCAUGGGAAAGCAGUGGUAGGUUUGAUGGGACUUCUGAGUAUAAACUUGAUAAACAGGGUAAGAUUUACGAGCAUCGGGUUGACAACAUUGCUUGGAAAAAACCUUCUCGGUUUAAAGUUAUGGGUGUGGAAGAAUUGAUUCAAUCUCUUGGCUGUCAGCAGACCCCAGGACCAACUUACUUUGAAAUAUCUUCAUCUGCUAAGAGAAAGUAA